CAUAGGUGCUGCAUGCUGUGUGAAAACAAGUACGCGAUGUUGCUCACGAAAACGAGCACACAGUCGGUACGAUCGGCGAUAGUGGUAGUACGUAUCGUGAGUUAUCGCGCCCAUGAAUAAUUUUGCCGAGCUCUUACUCCCUUACAGUUUCCAAAAAUUCAUCGGAUGAAUCACGGCGUGAGGAUUCUGAACUAACACGAUGCCAGAGAAUACACCAAAAACCUUGCAUGGAUUCCGCAAGGGACCUAAACCGGCUCUGUUCUGCGGAAUAUUAAUUCUGGUGGUGUUGACCUACGUAACUUUCUGGAACUCAAAUCUGCUGUUCAACCAUCUUCACGAAAUCAAUCGGGCCGCAGAAUCAAGUUUGGAUGAAGGUACUGGCAGUGGUUUCUUCAUGUUCAUCGAAACUGCUGGUCACGACAGCCUCAACGCACGUCAGGCCUGCGCCAUCGAGUCGGCUUCACUGCACCAUCCUACGUUCACCGUUCGAUUUUUUGUUACCGCACCACCGUCGAACAGUUGUACCUAUUUCAAUCUUUUACGGCAAAUAUCCAACAUCAAAAUCAAAUUCGUCAAUGUCGAACAAGUCUUGGCUGGCACUCCACUUGAGUACUGGUACAGGUCCCCGCAAAGGCAACAAAGCCCGUUUGCCGUAAGCCACCUCAGCGACGCAUUAAGAUUCUUCAUGCUCUGGCGUUACGGGGGUAUCUACGCGGACACGGACGUCAUUGUGAAGAGUCCAAUGUCAGGCCUAAGAAAUACGCUGGGCAAAGAGCACGCAGCAGGAAUGGGGAGCGCCGUGCUGGUCUUGGACAGAGAGCAACCGUUUCUUGCUGACGCCGUACAUAACUUUGCGGAGACGUACCAGCCUUACGACUGGGACUACAACGGUCCGGGUCUACUGAACAGGAUGUUGCAGAAACGUUGUCCAGGUGCCUGGAACGUAACAGACGCUUCUUUGACGUGCGGUAAUAUCACAGUGUUAUCGAGCAGUGCAUUCUUUGCGGUUCCGUUCCCGAUGUGGGAAAUGUUCUUUAACCUUUCGAGGACGGAGGAGGUGCUACAGGUAACAAGGAACAGCUACGCGGUGCACUUCUGGAACAAUCUGAGCAAAAACACAAAGGUGAUUGUGGGAUCAGGUGCAGCGUACGAUGUGCUUGCGAGGACGAACUGCCCUAAGGUGUACGAAGUAAUGAGGACAAUGGGGUAUUUCUAAAUUUUCCAGAAACUAGUAUUUCCUACUUGUACCACAGGCUAUACGAUGUAUCUAGUUCAAAUCUUGCUUGGUUACUAAGUAUUUGUUGCUUCGGCCAUAACACCUCGAAUGCCGUUCACAAUAUUGUCUUACACUCUUAAGGAGCACGGAAAGCCUCCAGAACAAAUAUGUCAUGAUAACCAGAAAUUAGGAUUACAAGGCCUGGGACACACAUUGGCACAAAAACUACGAGUGCAGCGCGUAAUCCUGAAAAGCAAGAUAGCUUUCAAUCUCGCGGAUCAGAAACCCCGCUCUCCUCGCGGCUGCCAGCCUGCAACGUCAUGUGCUUCGCCAAUACUGAGGCGAGCGCCUUCUUUUGUCUUUCUUUCUUUUUGCAGUUGCACUUCACCCCUCCCUCCCGCGUCUCGACUGGUCGCUAUCGCUAGCAGGUGAUUCUCGGUGGCCAAAUUAAGAGUCAUCUGCCACUUGACGUCACGAGGCGCGAGGGGCGGCUGGGCGAGCCCGCUGCGCUCUCUCUUCCAAAGCUAUUUUCUCGGUAAAUUCGCAGUUCCCAACGGAAAUAUUUUGCGCGAUAGUUCCUCAAGCUAAUAUGCUCACGUGACGCACUAAAAAAGUAUAUGUUCUAAGUGCCUUCCAUGCUCCUUUAAUACAGACCUUCACCGCAUAACAGCUCCUAGCGAACCAUCAUUCCAAAUGAUAAUGUCCUCCCCCCGAUCUGUUGAAAAUGGGUGACGUUCCCCUGUUUUGAAUACUUUACAAAGUCAGAAGACUGAACGAUAUCCUGCGCCUGUGGCGCUGUUACGUGGCACAGUUCUGCUUCUACCAUGUACACAAGUGACCUGUGUGCGCUAGGCACGCGUUUCGUGUUGAGCACGACCGGUACCUGCGCGAACGCACCUCUGAGUGCCUACCCUCAGUGCGGUUACAGACGCACCGCUUCGUGUGCCAUCCUAACAGGACAAUAGAGGCGAUGCACUUCAGCUGACGAAUAAACGAGCGCUGCUCCUACGUCGUUUUCGAAACAUGUUCACGCACCGAUGUGCAUGCAGUUUAGCCUCGUUGUGUUUAGCUGAUAAAUUUGCAUUGUCUUUGUCAAGUUCACCGUGUCUCAUGUCUCAUUAUUCCACUUCUCCAUGCUACUGCAAUCAAUCGGGUAGAGUUUCCCCCAGGCGAUGAAACUCGCCACUCAUCAUCAUUCAAAUAAAGUUAUUGUUUCGUGAUGUGAGGUGAUGCAACGAUUAUUUAUAUUAACAACAACGACAACAAAUUGUGUUGAUGAUGAGGAUUGGGGUGAUUCAUCGCCGCACGCUAUAUUUUACCCCAUGACCCCAUGCGCUUCGAGAUCGAACGGUGUCGGCUCGCUACGGAGAAACGAUGGACUGCCGUAGUGUGGAUAGCUUCCUCGCGUCGUCUGCUUUUACACGUUUAUUCCGCGUUCAGUGCAGUGCACUCUAAAAACAGAACUUCAUCGCAUAGGAUGUGGUUGCCAAACUUUGCUACGAGUAGUUUUACCGUUUCCGAUUCGAAGAGACAGGGAGGCAUACGCCUUUUUGUGUCAAUUACCAUAUAUCCAAUUCGACACAAAAAGGCGUACAUCCCCUCCCACUUUCGAAUCAGAAGCGAUAACCCUAUCAUUCGUGGCAAUGGCUGGUUCAGAGCGUGCAUUGCGGUGAAUUUCUGUUGAGGUGAGAGCUCAGAGACCUGCGGUCAGGCACCUUUUGCAUCUCUUUGUGGGUGGGAUAACAUAUAUUUUUUUCGAGAGAAAUAAAAAAUGUGAUCGGCAGGCAUCAUUCGAUUAUAAAUGAAACUACCCGAUAGUGAUGAUUCAGCGAGCUCUUUGGGCAGGCUUUCUUCGACAGCCGCAGUUAUCUCUCAUCUCUCUAGUCCUCUGAAUGGGACAAAGAACUGCCAAGCUGCCUGUGUUGGCUCUGCCAAGACAGACUGCCAAGCGGGAAGGCCACCUGCUUCUGACGUCACAUCUAGUUUCACAGUCGCGCCAGGGAGUUCGCAGCAGUCGCAUUUUUGGCCGUUGUAUUUUAGUUAUAUCUUCGUCAUCCUAACUAUGGUUCAUACUGCGCAUAGUGAAUGUAUUCGAAUCCAAGAGUGGACUAAAGAUGGUUACAUACGUCUUGAGGAUCUCUUCAUGGCCUUCUUUAAGUGUCACCAGAGACCAAGGGCAUACAACGCCUUGUUCUACACAUACGAGUAGCUCAGCAUUCCGGGCCUUCAAAAACUGACGAUCACACUCAUCUUAUAAGGCGCACGUUCGAGCCCUGCUACAAACCCACGUGAAGAUCGACGUGGCGUAUCGGUGAGCUCGAUCAUGCCGCAUAUUAGCGCACUCAUCAGAUGACAUUACACCUGCUCUGUUUACAAGUGCGAUGCUAUCCGGUGAGUACCCUGAGCUCGUAUAGCAAGGCCCGAACUCACGCCUUAUCAGAUGAUUGUGAUCGUGAGCUUCCAGGCCCGAAAUGCCGAGCUAUGGCUCUACAGCGCAGGUGAAACACCCCUAUUUUCCUCCUCGCACUACUAAGAAUAGAAGGAAGACAGCGCUUGCCAAUAUUGCCCAAUAAAGAGGCUCCGUUCGCCAUGACGUUGGGGUAGCUGUGUGAUUGUUUUCCUCCACAUUCCCCCGUAUCGCGUUGUCGGCGUGGAAAUGGCCAGCGCGGAAAUGCCAGUGCAUCACGUUGCCACGACAUGCCGCGUGACUUGAGUGGGAGACAGAGAGAGCGCUCUACGCUCCACUGUGCAAGUGAGAAUGCGAAGGCAGAAAACAGGGCUAGGUUUAAAGGGAGUGUGAAAUGAUUUUUUUCUCGUUUUCAUCAGAAAGAAAACAAUUUUCUGAGUCUAGAACCAAAAGUUUUACCUUCCUCACGCCACGAGUAUUCUCGGGAGCGAAUUUAAACGAAUCGGCGAGGGGAGUACAACUGGCGCCGCGCCGUGGCGAGCUGCCGUGCGGAAAUACAGCGAGCAACUUGACGGGACCACGGCCAGGUCCGCGACACGUCAUCGUAACACGUCGUGUGCCCGCCAGGAGCAUGCCGAGACGAUGUUGGAUGGUUGGUUGCUCUAAUUCACGUCAAUAUUCGCCGGACAUCCAAUGUCAUAUGCUUCCCAGUGACGAGACGGACAGCUUUUGAUGUCACGAAGGAAUCGGACCGCCGGAAUGGAAAGACGGUGCGGUGCAUCGACUGCUCGUGUUUGUAGCGAACAUUUGCAUGAUUGCGAUUACGCUGAAUUUCUUCAACGUACUGGAUAACGAGCUCAAGUUUGAAUAAAGAUGUUGCACCAUCACAGUACAUGUCCACACCGGGGAAAGAACAUCCACCUAAAACAUCCACCGCAAAAGUGUGAGUACUUUUCGUUAUUGGGGCUAACCAAGAUAUCUCAGUCCGUGUGGUCCAAAUGCUAUCACAGAUUUCAGGAUUGCGUAAAUGGGUUAAUUCUCGUCUGCGUGACUUGGAACCUUGCGGCCGCUUACGGCACACAAGAGGGAGAGAGAGAGAGUAAAAAAAGACAAAAUAGAAGUUACCGAAUCUAGUCACUAACCUCAGGUGGUGCACUGUUGAUAAAAACAGACUUCGUUUAGCAUGAUCUUAGAAACCAUACCUUAGCAGAAUAUUUAUGUAAUAUAUUGAACAUAUGUAUCCAUUCUUUUCUCUUCACUCAUCUGCUUUCAUGUUUACAGGUAACUUCCUCAGCGGAGCCUAAAACCCCUGAGGUGAGACAGCGUGAUCACUGCAACCCACUAUUCAGAGCAGAUAAAUGUUGUGCAGCCUCCUUCCAGAUUCCUCUUUGCAGCAUUGUCUUGCCUACCAUUCGGGCUCUGUAUAUUGUUCACAAGUUUUUUUUUUUAUAUAUUUCAGUUUGCUUCAUCAUGCACAAAUAUAACAUUGAGGGGGACAUUUUCUUGUUUACACCUAAAUAAGCUAGGAUGCUUUUAAGAGCUGCAGACUCUUGUUCCUUAUCUUAUAAUCAUUACUCAGCGGAUUACAUCCAUUUACACUCACCGGAACUGGAGUUGCAUACUGUGUUAUUCAUUUUCUUCUCUGAAACCAGGGCGACCCAUGUGUACGGCAGCUGAAGUCUUUCACCAGAGUAACAUGCCAGAACAACUCCAGCAAGUGCUCUGCAGUUCACCUUUAAAAUAAAGAAACCUGAGAAACUAAAGAAAAAGAAGUUUGGUGCAUUAUGUCCUCAUGAGAUUUUGUUCCUGCUACAACUCUACACUUUGUUUUACAUUACCCAAAAUAACCUUACCAAUCAUUACCAUACCAGUGUUGUACUGCUGUGUUCAACCAGUUCAACUUGCUCUGGGCAUCCUGUAAAGCCUGUGCAGCUACUUCAGCCCUUAUUUGCUGGUAACUUUGGUGCCAAUACAGUUGUAAAAUGGGCUGUGUGACAGUGUAAAAUAGAAUACAUCCUGUGUUUGCAUAUGCAUAAAAAUUAUGCAUGUGUAGCAUAUAAUGUGUAUAUGUAGAUGUUCAGUUAUUAGGUCUUAUGUAUCGUACUAUUUGAGCCGACAUUUUAGCUGUUUGAGCCUGGUGCCCUCAUCCUGGACACAUAUACAAGUGGGUCCACGUCCUCGGUGGAGCCUGCACAGCUGAGAACUCUCUGUCCAUGUGGCAAAUUAAACAGUUCUUUUACAAAGAAGACCAAAAAGCAGUUUAUUUGAAGAAGUACCAAUUACUUCUCGUUUUUAAUUGCAAAAUAUAGGGCAUGUUACGUGCCUACUGGGGCUUUUUGCUCCUUUCCAGGAACCUCAACUGGUGGCUUCAAGCUUAUGUAACACAAUGGUAUAAGGUGGCAAUGAAGCAGGAGAGCUGGUGUCGUUAGUUUGUGUGUAGUGCAUAGUAUUGGAGACCUGGUUGAACAAUAAAUGUGUUAAACAACAGUUAUCAGAAAUAAAUACGAUGUGCAGAAUACUCUUACAGAAUAUGCCGCAGUUGAGUUUCUGUAGGCAUGGUUGUUGUUAAUGCUAACAGUUCAGAUUUACGACGUGCUCAACAUUGAAUACCUCAUAAAACACAACUUCUUGCGUGAAACAUAUUCUUAGGCAAAUAAGUCCUCCGACGGAAGGAAAUACAGUCAGCCCGUCCCGUCUGUAGACCACGAAAUGCAGAGUAAAUCAGAAUCGCUUCCCUAUUGGAAAAAAGUUCUGAAGGACCAUCAGGCUAAUGGUCCUGACGUCUUAUGGGACCCACGAGGUCCAUCAGGUCCAGUAGGCCAUCAGGUCCAGUAGGCCAUCAGGUUCAGCAGGCCAUCAUGUCCAGUAGACCAUCAGGUUCAGUAGACCAUCAGGUCUAGUUGGUCCACAAGUCCCAUUAUAGUCGUAUACAUCCUCAAGAACCAACGAAAAUAAGGUUCGCCAUUUUGGGUUGGUUGGGUUUGUGAACAGCGGCAGAGAAGCGCCAUCUCACGUCAUGCACUGUAACCUUCUUCGUCGUGUUUCAUCAGUUCUCUAGGUGAACACGAUUAUAGCUAUUAUAAUCGCCUAUCGCCACUAUAACACCACUAGAGGAUCAUCAGCUGAAUUUUCAAAACGCACUGCUCACACUCCGCAAGUUUUAUUCUUACGCAGGGCACACCACAGCUUCUCGCUCAGCACCCGGUGAAAAGGCUUCAUCCUUGCUUCGAUUUCGCGCGCAGACGCACCUGUGCUUCUGAUGCGGCUGACGACGAAUUCUGAAAGACAAGGAAAAAGCUUUUAAUAUAAAUCUGCACUUCACGGCCAUCAAGAGCCCAUCAAGAUGUCCUGAUGGGGACUCCAUCGGGACGCCCUGAAGGAGCAAUAUAGUUCGAUCAGGACCCACCAAGGGGUCUUGAUGGGACCAUCACCCAUAAAAAAAAUUCUGAUGAAUCAUUAGACAUUUUUCCAAUGGGGAGUGGACAAUGAUUGUUGAAUGUAAGCAGACACCAGUUUCUGCCAAGUACGGCCUUGGUUGAAAACGAUUUUUAGUGGCAUCUCAGGCUUGUGAUCUUUUGAACAUGAUGGCAAUUGAUGUUCUGAGGCCGGAACACUUCAGUGACCUCCUUCUUUCAUCAUUGUGAUCUUUGAUAAGAAAUUUGGCAGAAAGAGUAUCAAACGGUGCAGCUUGUAUCGAUUGGCAUAGCAACUGAAGGCCGCUAUCAUGAGAACCGAGCAUAUUCGCUCCUUCAAAAAGCCAACAGUUUUCCGAAAAGGGUGUCAAAAGUUUACUGAUAGCUUCCUGUUUCUUAGUUUCGAAAGUAUUUACAUGAAGGACCACAAAACUAGCACUUUUGUCCGUUUGUAACAGACGCAAGCACUUGGAGCGAGGCUCAUCAUUUAUGGAGGAAUAUGGUAGAAGAAACCUGACAGCUGAGUUUGAGACCGUGUUGCGUUGUCUGUUAUCGUCCUCUACAUUGUCUCGGGUUUUCAAGUCAUGGAUCGUCACAACCAGUUCGCUUGCUACCUAACCUUCCUUUCGUUAUUCAUUUGUAUUUCUGCGGCUAGUACUCCCAAUGAAAAGAUGUCCUCCGUUGCGAAUCAUGACCAAAGCUAAACGCUGCAUCCACUCACGAUUAAGAAAGCAAUUUUUGUUGACUACAUCUCUCCUGUCAUCAAAAAAUACGGUUUAGUACGGAUAAAAUAAUGGCAUUAGUUGAGAACUGAUUGGCGCCAACUAUUGCCUCAGGAAUAUUGUGGUUCCAGGGGUGCGUAACGCUAAUAGACGGCUGUUCUUUGCUUUGGGGUAUUUUGUAUUUGUGUGUGUGUGAAUCAGUGUUUAAUGUCACGUGUCAAGGUAUCAUUUUGCGUUACGUAAAACUCUUCUAAAACCUCUUCGAAUCAACCCAUUACUUACCUGUGCAUUAUACCCUUUAUUUAGACCACUUUUUGGGAAACGAUGAUAGGAACGUUAAUAAUAGAAUGGGAUAAAUGUGACAUGCGGUUUCGGUCUGUGAGAGAAACGCCUCCUCAAACGCCUCGCUUUUCUUCCUCAACUCCCGCAAUCUGGGCAGAAAUCUAGCCUCUUUGUAGUGGACAUCCUCCAAUUUCCGUGUGCAUGACGAAAGCAGGUGACGAAAGGUCCACGUUUCAUUGGACGCCUGGACCGGAAGUUCUGUUGUUAGUGAGUUUGUGAGCGCGGCGGCAUCCGUCUGGAAAGUGAUCUUCAAUAUGGACGUCGAAGCAAGAAAUGCGGAGACUAGUCGCACCGGAACCUUUUUUUGUCCUUUCUGCGAUCGAGAAGGAAAUUCUGCGUGCUGAACCUUGCUUUCGAAACGUCGCCGAUGCUGCGAAUGAGAGACGAAGUUAGAGCUCUACGAACAUCGGUCACACAUCGGUCGGAAUAUCGGUCGCCUGUCUUCGACAGACAGGUAAGCGAUGAGCUUUUUAACGCACACUGUGAUCGAACAUCGUAAAGGUUCUCUGAAAUUUCGUGUCCUGAUAUUUAAUGCGCACUUGCUGUUUCUGGUGCCGGUGCGGCUGGUGUGUCAUAACGCCGAAGGAGAUCGAAUGCUUGUGCUGCAAGGAGCUCGAAAACACUGCCGAAUGACUGCAGUAAGUGCAUUACAACCCACGAAGAUUUCGAACUUCUGUGCUUCAAUAUGACUGUCCUGAAGGUGGCAUAUUUUGAACUUCGUGGGCAGCGCGAACCUAUGAGCGACUAUAUUCACAAGUAAGUCACAUGUGUCCUUGUCGAACAACGUUAAAAUUUGGGCGCUCAAAACUGGUUUGGUCCUGCAUUAAAGUCGCUAAAAACUCCAGUACAGGGCGCAGCACAUAAAAAGACUAUGCAAUACACAACUCUGAACUAGACAAAAGCAAUACAGGCAAUUUUGCAAUUGCCAGUGAGCUGUGUCCUGAGUCACCUUUUCAUGUUUUGCCCUGUGCAUAGGGUUUUAGCGUAGGUUUUUAGCGAUAUUAAGUGUUCUUGAUUGUCGAUUCAGUGAAAUCUAAAACAAUGUUGGUUUCUAAAAGAACACAGCAUGUGUAGUAAUAUACAGGGUUGUGGGCAGGUAAACUGCGGUUGCUCUCAGGUACAUGUGGAAAUGACACUGCACACACACUGUACUGUAACCGGUUACCUAUUUGCCUAAACUAUAUUUUAUGUACAUCUGUGUAGAUGAUACAGAUACACUGCGUAUCGCCAGUUUGCAAGGUGAGUAUGGCACAAGCUUGGGAAAAACAAGAGCAUGGUCAUCCCAGCCUGUGCAGUGAAGAGGGUCUGGCAAGCCUUCCCCACAGAAACUGACACAGGCUUCAAGUACCCAAGAUCCUAACUGUAGGUACCUCUUCGCACAGCUCACCUAUCGCAUGUAAAAUAAUUCAGCAUCUGUAUUUAGGAUGGUUUAUAGCUCUCAGGAUAAUGCAUCGUUCAUGAGUUCAAUAUGUUGUGUUGAAAUACAACACUAGUCCUUUUUAAUGAGUCUUGCGGAACGAGAGAUGAGCGCUCUUUUCGUGACAUUGUGUACCAUUGCUACAGUGAACAAUUUCUUGAGCAAGACUGAUAAACAAACGAAAAAACAGUCUGUCUUUCAAAUAUGCAUGUUCCUUGUAACUUGUGUAUUUGUUAAGUGACCCAUGUUGAUGUCCCCCCACAUGUAAUGCCCACAAGGGCCUUUGAGGUAUAUUCACGAAUAAAUAAAUAUCAAAACCGGAAAAAGAUGUAACAUCUAUUGUAAUACCUAUCCUCUCUUUGUGUGAAUGAUACAUAAACAUUCUCAGAAGAUAUGUAGUCACACUUUGCCUCACUGUGCCUAAAGCCUGGUUCCACCUCUUACAUCAUCUCCACAUCUUCAAUCUCCAAAGCAGUACACGGCUAAAGUAAUCAGCUAGUACAUAAAAAAAGGAGGGGGAGGAAAAUAAAGCUGGCACAACAAAAAUUCGAAGAAACCCUGGUGCUUUCACGGGGCUACUCAUGUCUCAGUCCUGGAUCAGAUCCCGAUGGAAAACAGCUUAUCUGAGCCUCAGUGAUAGAUUCCCUUGAUUGACUGUGACUGUGAGGCACAACUCAUUGGCUUGGUGGCAAGUGGGCUUGCGUCUGAUAGUGCGGUUUGGAAUAAAGUUAGCAAGGAACAUCUCUCUACGGUCUUAAGAAGGAUAUCAACAUUGCCUGUCAAGGCACAGCAUUUCAUAUCGCUUUCAGUAAGUACAACACUCCUCAUAGCAGUUACCAUUCAUGUUGGGAAAACAUGCUGAAGUUAGCUCCAGUGCUUCCAAAACUGUGAGUCAAGUUCAUAGAGAGCACCUUAUGAGAGGGACAGCAACAGUGUCCAGUGAAGACUCUCCAGGAAUUUUGCGCAGGUAUGGGGGUCACACCUUUUAAUAGUUUAGAUGGAAAGCAGGGUGUGUGAAACACUGACCUCUAGUGGAUGAAUUCUUGUUAUUUAUAACCAGGUGCCCAUGUUCUAAUAAUCUAUAGGAAUGCCUUAGCUCUUUUGCAGGAAAUUGCUAAUGAAUCUGAGUGCCUUUUAUAGAGAGAGGUUGUAGCUGCCUUUCUAUCCACCCUUCUUAGUUGCCCUAGCAAAAGCAAAUAUGUAAUGCUGUACCCCAUAUCUAAUGCUAGCACACUAAUUGCUUUGAAUAUUCUCAGGCUUCUGAAAUGGUGCUACCUGGUGCAUACGCUGUGCCAUGUCGGCAAGAACAUAAAUCAGAUUGCCUUAAUUUUUUCAAAUCGGCCCUUCAGUGCUUCAUGUGACUGCAACAUUGGUAUCCCCUUAAAAAUAGGCAAUAAGAAUGAUUUCUGCAAUGUAUUGAGCUUUGUAAAACAACAACUUUAUUUGAAAAUAUAUUGCAAAAGCCGGGUAACGACCUCAUAAUGUAACGUCCUAUAGUGCAAACACCAUUCAACAUACCGAUUAAAAACCGAUCGUAAACGUUUUGCCGCCUAUCCGGGUGGCGUCAUCAGUACAACACAGGCCAAAGACGAGCACAUCAGCCUAUCUAAGAGGGCAUCAUACAUAUCCGAUAGGGGGGCACGGUUUGUAUUAGAGGCUGAGGCAUCACACCUGAUAAAGCAGGACUCUAAGAAUUUUCUAGGGCCCCAUCGCUAGUCAUGUGCAAAGGGUACUGCACCAUCAAAAUUAAAUAUAUGUCCCUUAGGCCAGCAAUGGUAGCUAAUUCGGUCCUGGUUCGAGUAGCACUCGUAGCCGUGGCAACGUCCCUUGUGUGUCCUUUUAGUCUCGUCCCACAUCUUUUGUCUAUAUCUCGCCAAUGUAGGCUGCAUCACAUUCUAUGCGCUCAACUUUAUAUGCACAGUCUUAAUGGGCACAGUGCUCUCCAAAUGGCAUAUGAAACACCUUGGAUGAAAGGAAUGCACACCACCGAUUUGACCACCUUUGAUGUUGUUUUUGAUUGUUCUCUGUAGUAGCGAUUAUGCUACCUGGAUAGGCAACGAAACGUUUACUCUCUUUGUUCUUAAUAGUUGUGCUAAGCCGGUGUUCUCAGUAAAGGAUUUUAGAUUAUGAACUUUGUUUGAAUGAUGAUUAGUGGCGAGCUUCAUACUCUGGGCCACUACUCUAACAAUUGCUUGUGGUACUGUGGUGAAAUGGAAUAACGAGCCUUGUAAACAAUUUACUUGGCAAUAUAUUUAUUUAUCUGUCAUAGGUUGAAGAACCCAGCGUGGUGUUACAUAAUGGAGGGGCGUGUAAUUAUACAAGACCGAUCACCAAAAGUCAUGGCUUUUGACUAGAUUAAAAUGUGAUGUGAUUGUAAUAGACAAAUGCUGCAUUGUGGCGAUAUGAUAGGUUUUCCUCACGAGUUGUCGCUACGGUUGCGGUUAGUUGAGAAACUGCGUAUCCAGUUAAUGGUAGCAGGAUCAAAGGUUAAUUAGGCUAGUUUGGCCAACACGCGAGCAUAAAUCAGUGUCAGAAGCCCUUACAAAAUAAAAAAAUACUACAUCUACGUGGACCGAGAAAUCAAGACAGUUCAAAAUGCUGUGAACGAAUUCCGCUACAUUAGUUUUUCCUGAAUACCCUUUUCUAAAGCAAUGCUGGAAUUUAAAAUAAGAAAUUGACAGACUCAACUUGGUUGACAACGUGGUAGUACAUGAUGUGCUCCAUUAGUUUCCAGGGAACCCUAAAAAGUGGAGCUGGUUAGUAGAUAGAAGGAGCAUAGUUGUCACCUCUUCGGAAGACAGGAACUAGCUUGAGACCUAUGCCCUCGACUCAGACACAUACAAAGCACCUUUCACACAGAUUAACGCAUCUUCAUUCCAGCUCUUUCGCUUUCAGAUGUUCAUCGCUGUUGAGUGGUCCGUCAUUCUUGUAUAACACAGAUUAGAAUUGACAUGCGGGUGCAUAAGGGAUGCUCUGAAAGCAAAGUGUUUGGUUUUAGUCCACUUAAUGUUUCCGAAAAUGAAAACAAACUUCACGGUGACUAUUCUUCUGAAAUGAGCAAUUCCAGGAUGAAAGCAAAAAAUAUAUCUCGCCAUAUCAUUGUAUCCAACUGAAACCUGGCACUUCAAUUGAAUAGUGGCAGUUCAAGAUGAUGAUGAUGAUUCAAUGUAAUGGCGCAUAAGCAACUCCGGUUAUAGUGCACCAAAACCAUGGUAAAACUGUGACUAGUUAAAAAUCAGACGAUCAUACUAAAAUAAUAUACUUUGUUGGUUGGUAAAUUGAGAUAUAGACAAAAACAUAUGAUAAAAAUAAGCAAUUGAAUGAAAGGCAGAAACAGUUGUUGGCAUUGUGUGACUCAUGUCGAGUUUGCCACACUAGGUGUUGAAUAAUAAUGUACGCUGAUAUGCUGUAGCAUAUAAAGUACAAUCAUACACACACUCAAUAUGUGGUGGAUAUGUGAAACCAAUAUACACAUACUUACAUUUCAAACUUUCUUGAAAAAGGCAGUCCAAGUCUGUCGGAUUAGCCAGACUCUAUACAAAGCCAGUAAGCACAGUGUGGAAUGCCUGUUUCAUCUUUCGAAAGCAGAGGUGCAGCCACCACGACGCUUCGUCAUCUCAAUGCUUCGGAGCGGCAUAGCCUAGUAAGAGGCCAUCAGAGAGGAUCUCAUAAAUAUACCUGGGUUGAAAAAGCGGUGAGUUCUGUGGGAUACGUACGAAAGCAUCCGCGUUACACAACAGCUAUGGGAAUGAUCGACUGCACGUGCAUGGUUUUCAGUGCGUAGACUUGGAACUGAAAAAUAAAUGCACUAACAUUGUUGAAACUACUUUUUCGCCAGGACCACACGAGAGCACACUUGGUUUCUUUAGUUGAAGGUUUAGGUGAAGGGGUGAAGGUAUCAUCAGGUCCCGAUGCUCCUUUGAGAUGCAGCAGACAAAAUUUCGCUGAGGCGAGUGACUGCCCUUGCGGUUCGUUGCUUCGCAGCAAAUCAAGAACAGUGCACCGCAAUGAUAGGUGAAACGUUCAGAGUAUGGCGAACAACUCCAACACCAAAUGCGAUGACCCGAAAACGGCAGGAUGAGCCGGGAAUCACAUAAGUUCGCAGUUCGCAAGCUCGGCAUACGGUACCCAUUACAGCUGACCGGAUACAGAAUCAUAUGGAACGCCGUGCACAGAUUGAAAAGAAAAUCAUAGAAGCUAUUGCAGGUGAUAAAUGCAGGGUAUAUUUUUCUUUUUGAGGCUCUGUAACAAAAACAUUUUAACAUAUAAAUGCCAUUUCAUGAAGGAAAUUGACAGGUAUUGCGUGGCCACGUGGCGCGUUUGAGCCAGUUGUGGGUGUUGCCAGUGGCCCUCGUGUUGACGUCAUCUUGAUGGUGAGCCGGGGUGGAUAUUCUAUAUAAAGGUAUGUUUUCUCGGUUUGACGCUAGGCGUGCUGCACUCGGAUGAAGUCGAAUGUUUAAAAUUCGAGUUUAGAGAAACCGUGGGGUUUUAAUGCAUUUUCUAAUUGAGAGUCCUUGUUGGGUGCUUUAUCGACUGUAAGUACGAAGGAGCUCCCACAGUUUCUGGUAAGAGUUCCUUUAAUCUAGAGAUCAUAUUGCUCUAGAGUUGGCACCUACGUAGCCCUAGUUUAGGCCGUGUGAAACGUUAGAGGGAACCAGUCUGUGUGGCUGGUCUUCCACUCCGAUGGCAAUACAUGUCAAACGUGCCGGUUCAGUCUCUACAGUAUUCAUGUUGAAGUUACUUACCUCCCAUGAUGAAACGUAUGUCAACACCAACACGACGCGCACAAACAAGAGGUCUUGUUCGUGCUUCUUUCUCGCUCUCAGUCUCGGAUUUUUCUUUCUGGAUGCAUGAUACCUACUCGGCACUCUCGAAGCAUUCUAUCAUUUAUGAGUAGUUUAGCACCUACAGAGAAAAUAAACUAAAACCGACAACUUUAUCAGGCUCACAGAUAUAUCGGAUAUUUUGCAAAAACAACAAAAAAUGUCAUUUUCGAAAAGCGCGGCAGUAGUAAUCACGCCGCCGAUCUGUGCUGACGCCGCCGCAGCCGGCAGAAAUGUGCCCAACGCCGCCGCCGCCAAGAAGAACAGCAUCGGCGCGCACGUUUAGCCUGGCUUAAAUUAUAAUGAUGAUGUAAGUAUCGCUGGGGCAUCCUCAGCUGCAGGGGGAAAGCGAAUCUUUGAAACUGGUUUAUUGAAUAUGUAAGUUGUUUUCGGAAGCGAAACUUGGCCAAAUGGAUUGUGAAACGGUGCCGAAGAUUCCCGUGUCGGUCUCAUACACGCGUUUCCAGAAGUCAUAGUCCCUUUAAUGCGCAACCGGGAACGUUCAGAACAUUGCACACUUGAAUUCCUGUACCGCCGUAUCGCGGUGUACCGCCGUACCGGCCGAGGACGGUGGCAAUGUGAGGGAGGUGAACAUUGCUUCCAGCAUCGUGUAUCGGAGAUUUCCGGCGCACGUGCUUUUAGGAAUCCCAGGUUGACGAAAUUAUGCGCAGUUCUACACUGCUGCACGUGCACAUAGCCACACAAAUCUGGAUGGGCUCCCCUUACGUCUACAAAUCUACUCCCAAUUAUUAAUAUUAUUCUCUUUCUUUAUUUUAUAUAGGUUUGGAUGAAGGUACUGGCAGUGGUUUCUUCAUGUUCAUCGAAACUGCUGGUCACGACAGCCUCAACGCACGUCAGGCCUGCGCCAUCGAGUCGGCUUCACUGCACCAUCCUACGUUCACCGUUCGAUUUUUUGUUACCGCACCACCGUCGAACAGUUGUACCUAUUUCAAUCUUUUACGGCAAAUAUCCAACAUCAAAAUCAAAUUCGUCAAUGUCGAACAAGUCUUGGCUGGCACUCCACUUGAGUACUGGUACAGGUCCCCGCAAAGGCAACAAAGCCCGUUUGCCGUAAGCCACCUCAGCGACGCAUUAAGAUUCUUCAUGCUCUGGCGUUACGGGGGUAUCUACGCGGACACGGACGUCAUUGUGAAGAGUCCAAUGUCAGGCCUAAGAAAUACGCUGGGCAAAGAGCACGCAGCAGGAAUGGGGAGCGCCGUGCUGGUCUUGGACAGAGAGCAACCGUUUCUUGCUGACGCCGUACAUAACUUUGCGGAGACGUACCAGCCUUACGACUGGGACUACAACGGUCCGGGUCUACUGAACAGGAUGUUGCAGAAACGUUGUCCAGGUGCCUGGAACGUAACAGACGCUUCUUUGACGUGCGGUAAUAUCACAGUGUUAUCGAGCAGUGCAUUCUUUGCGGUUCCGUUCCCGAUGUGGGAAAUGUUCUUUAACCUUUCGAGGACGGAGGAGGUGCUACAGGUAACAAGGAACAGCUACGCGGUGCACUUCUGGAACAAUCUGAGCAAAAACACAAAGGUGAUUGUGGGAUCAGGUGCAGCGUACGAUGUGCUUGCGAGGACGAACUGCCCUAAGGUGUACGAAGUAAUGAGGACAAUGGGGUAUUUCUAAAUUUUCCAGAAACUAGUAUUUCCUACUUGUACCACAGGCUAUACGAUGUAUCUAGUUCAAAUCUUGCUUGGUUACUAAGUAUUUGUUGCUUCGGCCAUAACACCUCGAAUGCCGUUCACAAUAUUGUCUUACACUCUUAAGGAGCACGGAAGCCUCCAGAACAAAUAUGUCAUGAUAACCAGAAAUUAGGAUUACAAGGCCUGGGACACACAUUGGCACAAAAACUACGAGUGCAGCGCGUAAUCCUGAAAAGCAAGAUAGCUUUCAAUCUCGCGGGUCAGAAACCCCGCUCUCCUCGCGGCUGCCAGCCUGCAACGUCAUGUGCUUCGCCAAUACUGAGGCGAGCGCCUUCUUUUGUCUUUCUUUCUUUUUGCAGUUGCACUUCACCCCUCCCUCCCGCGUCUCGACUGGUCGCUAUCGCUAGCAGGUGAUUCUCGGUGGCCAAAUUAAGAGUCAUCUGCCACUUGACGUCACGAGGCGCGAGGGGCGGCUGGGCGAGCCCGCUGCGCUCUCUCUUCCAAAGCUAUUUUCUCGGUAAAUUCGCAGUUCCCAACGGAAAUAUUUUGCGCGAUACUUCCUCAAGCUAAUAUGCUCACGUGACGCACUAAAAAAGUAUAUGUUCUAAGUGCCUUCCAUGCUCCUUUAAUACAGACCUUCACCGCAUAACAGCUCCUAGCGAACCAUCAUUCCAAAUGAUAAUGUCCUCCCCCCGAUCUGUUGAAAAUGGGUGACGUUCCCCUGUUUUGGAUACUUUACAAAGUCAGAAGACUGAACGAUAUCCUGCGCCUGUGGCGCUGUUACGUGGCACAGUUCUGCUUCUACCAUGUACACAAGUGACCUGUGUGCGCUAGGCACGCGUUUCGUGUUGAGCACGACCGGUACCUGCGCGAACGCACCUCUGAGUGCCUACCCUCAGUGCGGUUACAGACGCACCGCUUCGUGUGCCAUCCUAACAGGACAAUAGAGGCGAUGCACUUCAGCUGACGAAUAAACGAGCGCUGCUCCUACGUCGUUUUCGAAACAUGUUCACGCACCGAUGUGCAUGCAGUUUAGCCUCGUUGUGUUUAGCUGAUAAAUUUGCAUUGUCUUUGUCAAGUUCA